CACAAUAAUGAACUCAGUUUUGACGGAUGAUUUUGGAUUAUACUUACAGCAACAGCUGGGCGUGAUUAUCGUAAUAUAGAUGACCGGUACUAUUAUCUGGAUCAUAGUUCAUUUAUUGUAAUGUGCAACUAUGGCUCGAGUGAUAUUUAAUACAUCAAACAACCUACAGAAAUUGAAAUGGACUUUUCAAAGAGCCUAUUCACAAGAAAAGUUUCCAAAAAUCACAACUCAUUACACUAUUGUACCCAGGGAAACAGAUCCAAGAUGGAAAGGUAUGAACAUGGAAAGAUAUGUAGAUGAAACUGAUAUUUUAAUUGUGGGAGCUGGUCCAGCUGGGCUAUCUGCUGCAAUCCAAGCACGUAAAUUAGCAGAAAAGCAUGGAAAAGAACUCAGAGUUACAGUCGUUGAAAAGGCUGCUACUAUUGGUGGUCAUAUCCUUAGUGGAGCUUGUAUAGACCCUAUUGCUUUGAAUGAAUUAAUUCCAAAUUGGAAGGAAUUGGGUGCACCAUUAAAAACUCCUGUUACAAAAGAUAAAUUUGCAUUUCUCACUGAAAAAGGCAGAAUAUCAGUACCUAUUUUGAAAGGAAUGCCAAUGCAUAAUCAUGGAAAUUAUAUUGUUAGAUUAGGUCACGUUGUAACUUGGCUUGGAGAACAAGCAGAAGCUGCAGGAGUAGAAUUAUAUCCUGGAUAUGCUGCAGCAGAAGUACUUUAUCAUGAGGAUGGAUCUGUUAAGGGAAUUGCUACAAAUGAUGUUGGUAUUGCUAAGGAUGGUUCUCCAAAGGAAACCUUUGAACGUGGAAUGGAACUGCAUGCAAAAUGUACGAUUUUUGCAGAAGGAUGCCAUGGUCACCUUACAAAACAAGUAUCAAAGAAACUAAAUCUUAGAAAGGAUUGCGAACCUCAAACUUAUGGCAUAGGAUUGAAAGAGAUCUGGGAAAUUAGUCCGGAGAAACAUGCGCCUGGAACUAUCGAGCAUACUGUUGGCUGGCCACUGAAAAAAGAUACUUAUGGCGGUUCCUUUUUGUAUCACCUCAACGAAGAUACACCUCUUAUAGCCAUUGGUUUUGUUAUUGGCUUAGAUUAUGCUAACCCUUACUUACAUCCAUUUAAAGAAUUUCAAAGAUUUAAACAUCAUCCAAGUAUUAGAUCGGUACUCGAAGGAGGAAAGAGAAUUGCGUAUGGGGCAAGAGCAUUAGUAGAAGGUGGUUUUCAAUCUAUUCCUAAACUUCAGUUUCCUGGCGGCUGCCUUAUUGGUUGUACGGCGGGAUUUCUUAACGUUCCCAAAAUUAAAGGAACGCAUAAUGCCAUGAAAAGUGGAAUGCUUGCAGCAGAAAGUGUAAUUGAAUCUAUUAUAGACGCGGAAAAUAAUCCCUCACCGACAAAAGGUUUAGAACCAAAAACUUAUACUGAAAAAGUCAAGAAUAGUUGGAUUUAUAAGGAAUUAAAAGCUGUAAGAAAUAUAAGACCAAGUUUUCACACGAGUCUUGGUCUUUACGGUGGUUUGUUAUAUUCUGGAUUUUCGAUGUUAGUUGGUGGACGAGAGCCAUGGACCUUCUCUCACGGGGGUCUCGAUUGCAAAAGAUUAAAACCAGCUGCUGAGUGUACACCAAUUGAGUAUCCAAAACCAGAUAAUGUAAUAUCUUUUGAUUUACUAUCUUCUGUGGCUCUCACUGGUACAAAUCAUGAAGAUGAUCAACCUCCUCAUCUUACCUUGGCAGAUGAUACUAUACCAGUGAAAAGAAAUUUAGAAAUAUUUGCUGGACCAGAAAGUCGAUUUUGUCCUGCAGGUGUAUAUGAAUUCGUACCACUAGAAUCUGGAGAUGGAGAACGGCUACAAAUCAACGCUCAAAAUUGUAUUCAUUGCAAAACGUGUGACAUUAAGGAUCCAAGUCAAAAUAUUAACUGGGUUGUACCGGAAGGUGGGGGUGGUCCAGCUUAUAACGGAAUGUAAAUAACACUUACAUAGUCAAUUGUUAUAGUUUGUAUGAUCUUAUAUGCGCAAACUAUAUUUUUUUACGGUAAAUAAAACUAAAUCGUAACAGAUA